GAGCUGGACCUGGAGCUGCCGCCGGGGAGCGCCGCGGCCCCGAGCGAUGGGGGCGGCCUGAGGCGAUCGAACAGCGCCCCGCUCAUCCACGGGCUCAGUGACAAUUCCCAAGUGUUCCAGGCUAACGUUUUACGUACCCGCAGGAACAGCACCACGGUUAUGAAUCGGCACAGUCUGUUUGUGCCAUCAUCUCCUGUCCGUAUUCCGAGCAGCCGACUUCAUCAAAUCAAGCAGGAAGAAGGAAUGAAUUUGAUGAACAGAGAAACAGUGCGGGAAAGAGAAGUGCAAGUAGCAAUGCAGAUGAGCCACUCAUGGGAGGAGAGCUUGAGCCUGAGUGACAAUGAUUUUGAGAAAUCAUCAUCACCAAAGCAAGUAGACUUUGUCCCAGUUUCUCCAGCUCCUUCACCUACCAGAGGAAUAGGGAAGCAAUGUUUCUCACCAUCUUUGCAAAGCUUGGUGAGUAGCAGUGGAUUACCUCCCAGCCCUAGCCCAAGUCCAACAAGGAGAUUCUCCAGGAGAAGCCAGAGUCCAAUUAACUGCAUUCGACCAAGUGUUCUUGGGUCAAUAAAAAGAAAAGGUGCAACAGAGAUGGAAGAUCAUCCAAAAAGAUUAUUCCAAGGAUCCACCAACAUGCUUACUCCUGAAGUUUCUCAUCAGGCUGACCUUGGGGGAUGUUUGUCGUCACAUGCUCUGGAUGACAACAGAAGCAGUGCAGGCUCUUCCUGUGACUCACCAGCUGAAGUUGGCACCAGCACAGGCUCUCCAGUCUCACUUUCUGACUCCAGAUCUCCUUUUUUACCAGUGGAUCUUACAGCUAAGUUACCAAUUAAUUAAGAAGCAGAAGCCUGCUAAUGGACACCAAGAAAAAGGCUGGAUAUCAGCGAGACUUUCUGUUGUGUGUUACUGAUUCUGUUCCUCAUAGGAACUUCCAGAAAUGUCAUUAUUUCUAGAAAACUUCCAGAAUAGUUCCUUGAGGAGGAAUUCACAUUUCUAGUGAUUUGUAUGACAUUUACUAAAAUAUAGUAAGCAUUUGAAUUGCAAAUAUAUUUGAUGCUGACAUCAGUAAGGAACCUUGUGGAUUUACAGUGCAGAUCAUCUUGUUGGCAUAAGUUACAAAUAUCUGUAUGUACAUCUGCUUGUGGAAGACUUGGCUUUCCAGCAGCCAGCAGGCCCUGUUCUCACCAGUAUAAAGUGGUGCUUAUGUAGUGACAGAUAAAAUUCACAUUUGUCCUCAGUCUGAAACCAGUGAAGCACCUUACUCAUUUUUUUUUAUUCCCCAAGUAUUAGAUAUGUAUAUUUUUUGCUCUUUGUAUGGAAGGGAAAAUAUAAGGGAAGGGUACUGAUUUUUGUGUGCUAUUAUGAUUGGCUGUUCAUCAGUUCUGUGUUCUAAUAGAUGUCAAAAAAGCAAGUUGGUGAAUUGUCAGAUUUAUGUGUUGGAUUUUAUUCAUGAUCAUGACUGCUGUUGUGACUAAAUGCACAUUAGGUGUGGAACAUUCUUCUGGGUUUUUGUAUUUUUGUUCUUCCCCAUUUAGAUGAUUAGCUAAAGUGGUAGAUGCUCUGUUAAAGGUCUUAUAAUAGGUAAAAAUAGUCAUAAUGUUUGGAACAAAGCAUUAAAUACUGAGAUUUUAAUAUUUAGUACUUCAGAUGUGCAUUAUUUUAUCAGACAGUAUUCUUCCUCAUAUAUGACUUUCAUUGGGUGAAUUCAGUAAGGAAUCAGGAUGAUCACAUAUGUUUAAUUUCCUUAUGUCACUUCUUCAAACAAGGAUUAUUUCUGCUAUUGAAAAUUUCAGAUGCUGAUGGGUAGUCUGGGAUUUGGUAAUCUGAGAUUUUUCAGGCUUCUUGUACUCUAUUUGAAAAGCUGGUGGGUUGAGGAAUCCCAACUUUAAAAUUCCCCAGGCAGGAGGAAGAAUCUGCCAAGCCCACCAUAGACACCUGUUUCAGAUUUACCAACAACCUCCUUUUGGUUGUUGACUCCUGUUGUGUGAUUGACCUUCCCAAACUGGGUCCCCGUUUAAGUCUGUGAGUCUGUUCUAGGUGGUUUCAAGCCUUCUCCCCCGAGUGGUUAAUAAUGAAGCAAAAUGUUUUAUUUUUAAACAUUAAACCUUUGUAAUGUGUAAUAAAGUGAGAAAAGUGUGGAAACUUCCUCAAGGAAGAGAAGACCCCGUUCUGAACUCUGCAGUGAAAGAUUCAUGUGGAUGAAGCUUUGAUUGACAGCAGGUAUCAAAAUCAGAAAGGGAAGACUUGGAGUGCAAAGCUCUGGUGACCUGAGGACCCCCAGCCCCUUUCCACAUGUGGUUAUUGCAGAGAGAAAAAAGGACAGAUUUAAAGGUUUUGCUCAGUUCAAGGAAGAUAUGACGUGGUUUACUUCUGAUUUAAUUCCUCUUAAAUUAUUCUAAAUAGUCAACUUCCUGACUGCAAUUCCUUCUUAAAUGCAGACUGCCUUUCCUCCUGUGGCAGAUGGACAAGUUUGUGUUUAAUACUUGUUCUCUCUCAUGUGGCAUUGUUUUGUUUUGCCAUUUCAGGUAUGUGCCAAAGAGUUGCUGUGCAUUCACUCUUUUGUGGUGAGGGCAAGAUUUAUUUUUUUUUUAACUCUCACUUAUUUCUUAAGAAUGAACCUCCUUGUGUCUCUUCCAGUCUUUUUUUUAAAGAUGUGUCAGUGGAGGGGUUUAACAGUUGUGUGUGAGUCAAAUCGUCUCUUUUUGGUUGAAUAUUUAUGCUAUUUUACAAAUAAGUGCCAAUAAAUGGAAAAAUAAACGUUUUGCUUUUUCUGCA